CUGCAAAUAACUCCAUCUCCCAGAAUUACUUUAACACUCUACUGACUGAAAUUGUAAACUGACUUGAAAAUGCAGAACCAAAAUCGGUAUCUAAGCUAAGGGAAAGGAAGAUAGCCACAUCCUGGAGUGUCUGCCCAAUCAGAGAAGUGCCCUGUGGUGACUUUAUCUCUGGAACUUCCUGUGGGACUUCCUGUGGAGUGCACUGUAAGCCAGUGCCAGUGCCAGUCCCAGUCCCAGUGCCCGUGCUCGUGCCCAGUGCCAGUCCCAGUGCCCGUGCCAGUCCCAGUGCCUGUUCUCGUGCCCUGUGCCAGUCCCAGUCCCCAGUCCCAGUCCCGCCAUGGUGCUGUGCUUCCUCAUCCACACGCUGUGCCCCGUCGCUGGGCUGCCACCGGGGGGCAGCAGGGUCCUCUUCUCCCGCGUGUUUGGCCCGGAGGACGCGGCGCUGGACGGGCCCGGCCCAGAGCUGGGUCCUGAGGAGAGGCGGCUGCUGCAGAAGGAGAAGCUGGCUGUGGUAGCCAGGCAGGUACGGAGCGCGUGUGCCCUGCAGCGGGAGGCGACCGGCCGGCCGGUGGUGGAGGCGGUGCAGGGGGAGGAGUUGGCGGCCCUGCAGGAGGCGGAGGGCGGGGUCCUGCGCCUGGGGGCGGGGGACCCGUUCCCCGGGGGGGGCUGCGUGCUGUGGCUGGCGGUGCAGGCGGUGGGCUUCGCGCUGGUGUGCCACCCCCACGAGAACCUGCUGCUGGGGGAGAGCUGCCUGCGCGGCCUGGCGCGGAUCUGCCUGGAGAACCUGCGCAUGCUGGCGCCCGGCAACGAGGUGGUUCUGAAGAGCGACCGCAUCGAGGCAGCGCUCCACCGGCUCCUCCCCCACGGCCAGCUCCUCUUCCUCAACCAUCGUUUCGCCCAGAUCCUGGACAAGGACCUGGCUGCCUACAUGGCCAAAUGAGGCCCCUCCCCCAGGCACUGGACAGGGCGGAGAGAGCUGCGAUUGGUGGAUCUCCAUGCUGUGCGUGUUCAGCGUUUCGUGCCUUAGACGGUGCUUCUCGUUACUGUGGGGUUCCUUGCUCAGGUGGACAGAAGGAGGACUCCCUGCAAUGCUCCCGGAGCACCUGACACACCUGCAGACUGCCUGGCCUGAACUGGCUCCAACCGGUCUGAACCGGUCCAGACCGGCCCCUACCCACUGACUGAACCGAGCCACAAGGUUGCCGAUUAUCAGUUUAGAAUGUGAUGUUGCAGGUAGUUUAACAUGUUUGUCUCACUUAGUUAAAUCCUUAAAAUAAAAAAUCCUCACAGUAUUA